CCCUGUCGGAGUUGCCGUGGCAACGAAAAGUGGCAAGGCGCAAACAUUAAAAUUGGUCAAGAGUUUCUGUCCAAUUUGAGUAUUCAGUCCUUGCGAUGCCGCUCUUUAACAAGAAAUUCGAGUCGAAGCCUAUACCAGCGCGUGUGAAUCGCUGUAAUAUUGGCUUUCCGGUUGUGAAUGAGGACAUUGAGGAUUUCCGUAACAUUUCAUUGAGUUUGGGCAACAAGAAGCUACGUUUUGCCGAUGGCAUUUGGAUGCAUUCAGCGCAUAAGGCAGAUGUGGAUGACAUGCUACGUUUAAACAAGAAAUUCCGUGCUCUAGAGGAGGAGAAUAAUAUGUGUAACUUGAAGAUAGAAGUUAUGCUAGAUUUGUUAGCUGAGCAUGCCACAGAGCUGAAUGACUUGAAGCCAAAGGAGAAGUGUAAGCCCAAGGAACAACUGGUACAAAGACCAAUAUAAUUUACAAUUCAUUUUAUAGAGCGAAACAGCAAGCUGUCAUUUCGUAAACUCUAAUUGUAAU